UGUAUAAUAGAUGUAACUGAAAUGUGGGGUCUUUAAUUGAAGAUAAGGUUCCUAAAUAAAGUUUAAUCGAACUAAAUUGUUUUAUCUGUCUGUAUUCAAUACUAAACUUAAACAGUCCUUAUUAACAGUAAAACUGUACUUACAAUGGAUUUGUAUUUAAACGUGAUUAUAAUUUCCAUAUGCACAUUUGCAGUUUUCAGUUGCCCCAAUGGAUGGUCUACACAUAACUCUGCGUGCUAUUUAUUUAGUCAUGACACUGAAGACUGGGCAAAUGCUGUGACUUUGUGUCAAAUACUUGGUGGACACUUGGUUGAGAUUGAAGAUGAUAUUGAGAAUCAAUAUAUAGUUGCCCAAGCAAAACUUUAUAAUAGUGCGUUUUGGAUAGGAUUAAAUGAUCUACAAGAAGAGAACAGCUGGAUGUGGGUCAACAGUAAUGAUCCUGUCAAAUACGCCAACUGGGCUCCAAACCAACCUGAUAACGGCGGGCAAGAUGAAAACUGUGUACAUUUGUAUCCUGGCUUUAGCUACCACUGGAAUGAUUUCCCAUGCCAUAAACUAAAUCACUACAUAUGCGAGAAAGCUGCUGAAAAUGCUGAAAUAAUUGGAUAGAAACAGACUGUUGUUUAAGGAACAACUUUUCAAACCAAAGUGAAUAUCAUUUUCGUGUACUAUAGUUAUUUAAUUGUAUCAGUUUUUAGAAAAUAAACAAAGAAACUUUG